AUGAAAUCCUCAUAUGAGGUCAGAGAAAGAAUGGAAUUCCUUUUUAUACUUAUCUCUGCCAAGGUUGUCAAUACUGUUUUGGCUCUUAAAUCUUAUGGCGAGUGGAAACAGGGUGGAGGCUAUGGAGUUUGGAAUUUUGGGGGAAAUGUAAAACCCACUACUACUAUGUCCGCUACCAAGUCCUUUGUGAGGAAAAAUUCAGGGCCAUUCACAAAUUCCUUGUCAAGAACCUCCUCUUUGAAUGACAAAUCUUUCAAUUCUUCCAACAUCGAAUGGAACAAAACGAAUAGUUCUCGCACCUCGCUCAUUCGUGCACUUUUGUCGGAUAAAAGGCCUGAAGAAAUCCCAAUGUUUGUGGAAUCAUUGCUAAGCAAGCUUGUGGAUGAAGUUGAGAAUCGCUUUCCCAGCCUUGAACUAGUAUGUAGAUUCAACAAUCUUGUUUCAUUUGUUGCUUCACAUUUUGUGUCCCUCCUAUUUUGCAAACAGACAAAAACAUUGGACUCACUCUCUAGUGAUUAG